AUGGAAAAUGGGCGAGAGACCGGAAUCUGGCUAAUCAAGCUGCUUGGUAACCGGUCUGUUCCGAAACGGUUACAGGUUACUGGGUCUGAGAUUCACAAGGAGCUGUUUAGUGGCGGUCCGGUAGUUAGUUUGGAAGACAAGGAAACAGGGGUUUUUGAGAUCCUUGUUUGGAAGAAGGCGGUUUAUGGGAUGUUUGGGGCGUUCAAGCGGGAUGUUGAUGAGCAUUUGAGCAUAAGAGACGAUUUGGAGGUUUACUAUGCCUCAAUUGGGCUGUUAAUGGUGACUCCAGAGGAUCAUCGGGCCAUUUUGGUGAAUGAAGAGGCAUUGAACAAGGUGGGGGCCAUUGAUCCGGCAAUUUUUGAGUUUCAUUACAACGUCUUGAAUGCGUACCUGACGUCAGAUAUUGCCAAAACGAACAAGUCCGCAAACUUGUGGUUCUAUUUUAAAAAAAGCACAAUUACCAGACUAAACAAGCUUGACGAUUCGAUUUUGAACGAAUUGGUGGACAUCGUUUUGCGUUCCGUUGAAAUGCACCCCCGAAACUACUACGCCUGUGAAUAUUUGCGGUAUUUGGUCUCCAUCUGUCGCUACAAGGGAAUGUUGCCUGUGGUUUUUGAACGGGUCUGGAAGCACUGUCAAAAGAAUGUGCGAGACUUUUCGAUGUGGCUGAUACUUUACGAGAUUCUAGUUGGCGAUGAUGGGUUUCAUCUGAAAGAUUUUCAAAGAUUGGGUGGGAUACUCGGGCCGAAAACAGAUCGGCUACCUGCCGAGUUUGCACGUGCAAAGUUUCAGGAAAUUCGUUCCUGGGGCAACCAAAUAGGCUGUGGAACCUAUUCGUAUCUGUUUGUGGUGUUUGAAGUUGGGCUGAAACUGGAAUUUGACGUUGUUUCAGAGUUCGAAACGAAAUUCAGAACGUUUGAGACUGAAAACGGCUAUCUCAUCGACGUUGCGCUAAAAAAAUUAAUUCAUCAAGAUGUGUUUCUUAAGAACCUCAGGGUCGUGGGCCAUGAGGUCCUUGUUCAGAACCUUGUCUUUGUAGAUGAUGAACUCCAGGUGCUCGUUGCCGUGCUGGGCUGUUUCAGAAACAGUCAUCUGUCUGAACAACUUUGGGUAGAAGUCCACACCUUCUUCUUCGCGCUUUCUUUGCUGGGUUCUCUGUUCCUCUUCAAUUUUGAAUUUCUCGUCUGUGGCAGUUGUGUGGUCUCUUCUGGCCAGAGCAGUGGUGACUUUGUUCCAGAGUCUUCUACUUUCAUAGGUUCCCUGCUCAGAGAUGUCUCUGACCUUUGGUUUGAGCGGCGUGCUGUGCUCGCAGUCGAAAAACAGCGAUUUUUUGCCGGUCUUUGUGUCUUUGAUGUACAUCUCCUCGUUCCACUUUCCGCUCAACUCGUACAGCACGUGGCCGGUCUUGGAGUCUUUGAUUUCUCCCUCGAUCACGUUUACUCCGGCUCCCCGGAAGCCUCGUCCACAAUGUCCAAGAACGACAGCUUGGUUAUUCCUUCCAUGAUUGCGGCCGUGGAAUUGCCCAGAAACUUAGACUUCGGAACAACCAUUCCGUCCACGCGGACGUUUUCGUCCGGAAUGAUCAAAAACCGCUCCACAGGGUCCGCGGUCGAAUGGGCCGCAAGAACAAUGUCUGGCUGUUGUAACUGGUUGGUGAUCCGCUCCAGCAUGCUCUUUCUCUCCAAAAUGAACGUGGGCAGCGUGAUCCUGGAUAAAUCGGAGCCCGGCCGCAACUGGGAGAUGAUCCCCAUCAAAAUCGACUGGCCUUGGUCGUCCACCUCGUCAAUGUCCUCAAUGUCAUCGGAGUUUGGUCUCUCGGCAUGUUUAUCCUUAUCCGAACCGGAUUUGCCUAACCGUUAG